CAGUGUUCGAAAGUAAAGGUGGUCCGAUGGCCCGAGGCCACAGAAAAUCUGAUCGGUCUAUGUAAAAAUUCAUUGUGUUGGACCGAUUGGCUAUGCAAUUUUUCAGUCUUGAUAUUAAAUUUUCCUCAUGACACAUGAUAACAAAAUCUUUCCUUGUCUUUUGACUAAUGAUCCAGUAAUAAAUGAGCUCAAAAUAAAAGUAAAUCUUCCGAGAAAAGCGCGUCAGCAGGGUGUAUUUGCUUCAAGCGUCUGAGUGAUUUGACACCGAACGAUGCAAGCGUUUGCAUGACGCAGUUAUUCAAAACAACAUGGCGCACAUGUUAAAGUAUUAUGAAGGUGCUAAACCAAAUACGAAGCGAAAACAUUCCUCUGCUUAUUCCUCGGCGACACAGUUACAUGCUAAACAAAAGGCAUAUGACGACAACACCAGAGAAAGGACUUUUCAAUGCCACUGGCUUGUUCUGUUGGAAGAGACUGGUUAUGUUACGAGGUCGAGGACAACGUGAUGAAAUGUAGACAAAAGGUGCAGACUUACCAUUGAGGCAAUGACUGACGUAAUGAUCGUAAAGUCGCUCACUUCUUCUGUUGAACAAUUUGACCCAGAAGAUGCCAUUAACAGGUUUUUGAUGAAAACACCAUCUGGAGGGAUGAGGAGACCAGAAUUUGAGAGGUCUGCACUAAAGGCAGCAUCAACUUCAAAGGAAAUAGAGGGUGAAGCUGUGAUAGAAGGAGAUGGACAAGCAGAAGCUGAAAUAGACCAUCAGAUGGAGUCCGAUUCAGAGGAUGUUGAUUCAGAUGUUGAGGGGGAUUUUGAGCCAGGCUUUGAUAAUAUGGGUGACACAUUCACCAAAGUGUUAAAGGAAGCGGCUGCGGUUGAGCUUGAGCACGAAACGGUCAAAGAAAUAAAAUUUAAAAAAAGAACUGAUUAACAAUCGCAAAUAAAAAUCUUAUUAACAAUUACAAUUGAUUCUCAUUUUUUUAUUUCAUUAACGACAUUGCACUUAUUUCACAAUAAGUUUAACGACUAUCACUCUGCUACUAAAAAGCAUGUUGUAAAAAAUGGGUCUAUGGAAAAAUUACUUGGGCUAUGGAAUUUCAGUUUUCUGUAGACCUAUUGUCUAUGGAGAAUUCAGAGUUACUUUCAGACACUG